AUGAACCCCAACAGACUCCAAUCGCAGCAACAAAGGCCCGGCGUGAAGAGGGGUGUUCUGGGAAGUUUGUCUGCAGCUUCAGCGGCAGCCUACAACUUUCUUGCUCACGACUUUGAAUUUGUGCCGGACCGGUAUCAUGACGACAAGUUCUUUCCCACACGGCUAUCUCGGGCGGGAUCUAGUAUCCGACUCGGUCGCGCUCGCGGCCGGAACAACUAUCCACUGAGACCGCCGCCAAUUCGGAAGAGGACAUGGCAGAAGGAUGCGAACGGGGAGUUGCGCAGCAAAUCAUUCGAGGACUCGCAGUUCAGCCACCCAUACGAUGAAGCACGCGGAGGAAACGACCGAAACCCGUUUGACGACGCCAAUGAGGUGGAAGAGCAAGACGAUGAAGCCGACGACGACGAACCGUACCACGUCUUUCCGAAGCGACAAAAAUGGCUGGUCAUUGUGAUCAUUGCUACAGCCGGCCUCUUCAGUGGGUUGUCAUCCAAUAUCUACAACCCGUCUCUUGAUGCCGUUGCGCAGGACCUCAAAGUCAGCUCCUCGCAGGUUUCCCUGACAAUCACGUCUUACCUUAUCAUGCAAGCCGUGUCUCCUCUCCUAUGGGGACCCAUGUCAGACACAUUGGGCCGGAGGCCGACAUACAUCGCCUCCUUUGCGGUCUACAUAGGCGCCAACGUCGCGCUUAGCUUCUCACCGAAUUAUCCGGUGCUGCUCAUUUUCAGGGGUGUCCAGGCCGCAGGGAGUGCGUCAACUGUCAGUAUCGGCAAUGGAGUCAUUCAGGAUAUCUCACCGACUUCCGAAAGGGGUGCGUUCAUUAGUUUCUACCAGGCCAUUCGAAACUUCAGCACAGCGAUAGGUCCCGUGCUGGGCGGCGCCCUGGCUAAUUCGCUUGGCUUUCGUUCAGUAUUUGUCUUCUUGCUCAUUGCCUCGACGCUUAUUAUUAUUGCAAUCAUUGUGUUUCUUCCCGAGACAAUGAGAAGCAUCGCUGGCAAUGGUGCAAUCAGACUUAAAGGUCCAGUCUACAAGCCUUUGAUCAGGUACAUCAGGAAAGAGCCUAGGUACAUGCAAGAUCCAGACGGUCCUCUAAAUUCCAACAAAGUCACCAUCUGGACGUUUCUCAGACCCUUCAGACUGUUCAGGGAGAAGGAUCUUGUCAUCAACCUCAUUUGGGGUGGGUUCGUCUACGCUAUCUGGAACAUGGUUACCACCAGCACCACACCCGUUUUCAAAGCACGGUUCCCUUUCCUGAACGAGCUGCUCUUGGGUGUGGCAUUCUUACCCAACGGCUUCGGGACCAUUGUCGGCUCUGUCUUGGCCGGGAAGCUGUUGACCCGGGACUACAAGGCCAUUUCGGCCGAAUACAAGGCAACGCAUAACAUGAGGGAGGACGUAGAGUUGUCCCCAAAAGACAUACCGCCAGACUUUCCCCUUGAGAAGGUUCGCUUACAACGGCUUCCGUGGAUAGUAGCAUUAUUCACCGCUUCCAUCACCGGCUACGGCUUUUCCUUGGCAUAUCCUGCAGCGACAUCUCGACCCGGUUGGAUAGCACUCCCCCUCGUGCUGCAGUUCCUCAUUGCAGCCUCGGCAAACGCUAUAUUUGCUCUCAAUCAGACAAUCAUCUCGGACCUUUGUCCCGGACAAGGUGCGAGUGCAACAGCUAUCAACAACUUAGUGCGAUGUGGUCUUGCCGCCUUGGGCGUGGCCUUUGCGGAACAGAUGAUUAACGCUGUGGGACCGGGGACAGCAUUCCUGGUGUUGGCUUUGGUGGUCAUAGCCGUGUCGCCCAUCCAAGUUCUUAACCAAUACAGAGGGCCCAAAUGGCGGGCGGACAGGGCAAGGAGAGGCGGCUCAAAGGCCACUGCGGCCGUGGAGGAUCGACAAAAAGCCUAG